AUGGCUAGAAUUACGCCAGAAUCGAUUCCAGAGUUGAAAGCCGUUGGCCGCACCACCGGUACGCCAAGUGACUUGGAGGGGCUUUCGUUUCAGACUGCCUGCCCUCCAGACGUGGGCCCAAGAACUCGAAUUGUCGCAGUUUGCGGUAUCACGGAUGAAGCCGACGCCGCCGGUCCUAAUAGGGACGGUUGGUUUCUUACGGACUUUUAUCUUUUCCAUCAUCUAUUCUCUCACGUCCAUGGUCCAACCCCUAAUCAGAUUUGGAUGACCUCUGAAGAUCCUGAGCGCCUUGUACUCAAGUACAAGGAAUAUGCACACGGUGACCCAAGAGGGGAGCGUAGAAUUGUGCUCGAUAAGCAUAUACUACCAGCCAUCCGUCAAUCUAGCUCUGUACGCGUUCUCCCACGGAGUGAUCUUCUACAACGUUUUAUCAGUACUCUGAAAGAGCAGUCACGAUUAGCCAAGGAAAACAGCGAGCAUCUUUUGGUACUAAUAUUUGGUCAUGGAGAUAUGGACACGUUUGGUGAAUGCCAUAUUUUGUAUUGA